AGAGAGAGAGAGAGAGAGAGAGAGAGAGAGAGAGAGAGCGAGGAUCUCAGUGCGCAGUGCGGAGCUGAAAACAUGAACAGCGUUGCAUUGAUCAGCAGGGUUUGUGCAUGAUGCAUUAGACACACAGGUGCGAUUUGACGGGGAUCAUGCGCGCGAUGCGCUCGAGCGUCUCUUCGCGGGGGAAAGUGUCUUCAUGAGUGUCCAAAGUAACAGCAACAGCAGUGGAAGUUUGGACGGAGCGCCAUCUUGCUCUCAGUUCUCGACUGGAUCUCCGACCCCGGGCUCAGUUUCUCCGCUCGAUAUCUGCGCUCCGCGGAGGCGUAAGGGAGGUAUGGAUGAACUGCAUUCUCUGGAUCCACGCCGGCAGGAGCUUUUGGAGGCACGUUUCAUCGGAGCAGUUAGUGGAAAUACAGGAGGAAGCACAGGGAGCGCGAGUGGAGGACCUAAAGGUUUGAACAAUAACGAAUGUUCCAGUCACAGUUUUGGCAGCCUGGGGUCAUCCAGUGACAAGGAGUCUGAGAACUCUGACAUAAAGAAAGGAGGAUCGCCUGCAUAUUCGACUCCAGAGAAGAAGCACUCCGAGUCAUCCAGAGGAAGAAAGAGGAAGGUCGACAACCAGUCAGAGAGCAGCCAAGGAAAGUCUUCCGGCCGAGGGCCCAAGAUCAGCGAUUAUUUUGAUUUCCAGGGAGGAAACGGAUCCAGUCCGGUCCGAGGGCUUCCUCCGGUCCUGCGAUCGCCGCAGAACUCUCACUCCGCACCCGGCUCUAUCGUCAGACAGAACAGCUCCUCGCCCACCAGCCUGUGUUUCAUGGAUCACACGAUGAAUCCCAAACAGCUGAGCAGCAGAAGUGUCCAGACGGAUUUGACACUGUUGAAGCUGGCUGCACUUGAGAGCAAUAAGAAUCUUGACCUUGAGAAGAAGGAGGGCAGAAUAGAUGAUCUACUCAGGGCGAACUGUGACCUCCGCAGACAGAUAGAUGAGCAGCAGAAGCUGCUGGAACGUUUCAAGGAGCGUCUGAACAAAUGCACUACGAUGAGUAAAAAACUGCUCAUUGAGAAGAGCACUCAAGAGAAGCAGUCCUGCCGUGAGAAGAGCAUGCAGGACCGUCUGCGUCUAGGGCAUUUCACCACAGUCAGGCACGGAGCGUCCUACACGGAGCAGUGGACAGACGGAUAUGCCUUUCAGAACCUGGUCAAGCAGCAGGAGUGGAUAAACCAGCAGCGGGAAGAGAUCGAGAGGCAGCGGAAACUUCUAGCGAAGCGCAAACCUCCCAGCACCCCCUCCUCCCAGAGCCCGACCCCCAAUGAGUCCAAACAGAGAAAGACCAAAGCUGUCAAUGGAGCCGACAACGACCCCUUCCUCAAACCCAGCCUGCCCACACUGCUGACUGUAGCAGAGUAUCACGAGCAGGAAGAAAUCUUCAAACUGAGACUGGGUCAUCUCAAAAAGGAGGAGGCUGAGAUCCAGGCGGAGCUGGAGCGUUUGGAGCGUGUGAGGAAUCUGCACAUUCGAGAACUUAAAAGAAUCAACAAUGAGGACAGUUCUCAGUUUAAAGACCAUCCAACCCUAAAUGAAAGGUAUCUUCUCUUACACUUGCUGGGAAGAGGAGGUUUCAGUGAAGUUUAUAAGGCAUUUGACCUGUUUGAGCAGCGAUACGCCGCUGUGAAGAUCCACCAGCUCAACAAGAACUGGAGAGAAGAGAAGAAGGAGAACUACCACAAACAUGCCUGUAGAGAAUAUAGAAUCCACAAGCAACUGGAUCAUCCCAGAAUAGUCAAACUCUACGACUACUUUUCCCUGGACACUGACACAUUCUGCACUGUUCUGGAGUUCUGUGAGGGGAAUGAUCUCGAUUUCUAUCUGAAGCAGCACAAGCUGAUGUCCGAGAAAGAGGCUCGCUCCAUCGUCAUGCAGAUAGUCAACGCCCUCCGAUACCUCAAUGAGAUCAAACCGCCCAUCAUCCACUACGACCUGAAACCAGGAAACAUCCUGUUGGUGGACGGAACAGCAUGCGGGGAGAUCAAGAUCACAGACUUUGGCCUGUCUAAAAUCAUGGAUGACGACAGCUAUGGCGUGGACGGGAUGGACCUGACGUCGCAGGGAGCCGGGACCUACUGGUAUUUGCCACCAGAGUGUUUUGUCGUCGGUAAAGAACCUCCAAAGAUCUCUAAUAAAGUAGACGUGUGGUCCGUGGGCGUUAUUUUCUUCCAGUGCCUGUAUGGACGAAAGCCGUUUGGCCACAAUCAAUCCCAGCAAGACAUCCUUCAAGAGAACACCAUCCUGAAAGCCACCGAGGUGCAGUUUCCUGCCAAACCUGUGGCGAGCAACGAGGCCAAGGCGUUUAUCCGCCGCUGUCUGGCUUACAGGAAGGAGGAUCGCUUUGACGUCCACCAGCUGGGAAGCGACUCGUACCUGCUUCCUCACAUGAGACGAUCCAAUUCAUCGGGCAACUUGCAGGCCACGCCCGCAAGCCCCGCCUCUUCAGGAAUCAUCUCCUACUGAUUGGCUGAUCGAUCUUGAUUGACGGUUCUGAUGGCGAGUUCCCUCCUUCGUCACCUCGGGGUGGACAGGAAGGGGGCCGGGCUAUAUGUCAGCUGUAGGACACGCCCACAGCGGCCACAGUGACUGCCAUUGAUAUUGGGGCAGGAAUGGCUGAUGUCAUUUCCUGCGUGGAUCCAGAUGUCAGUCAGAGCUAGAACCAUUUGAAAAUGGAUAUUUGUUUUUUACAAAAGGCAUUUUGUGGAGUAGAUUUGGGAGGGUCGCGCUAACGUUUUAGCUUCUUGUUGAUAUCCUCCCUGAGCUAUGCCUCUGUAACGGGGUGUUUUGUUUUGUGUAAGUGUGAAAUUUAGAGACAAUUAAUUGUAGUGUGAUUGGAAAUAGAAGAAUGAGUGUUUUAAUGUGACACAACGGUGUCUGUAAGAGAAACUGCGUGUGUGCGCGCGCCUCUAAAUGGAUGUUUUAUGCCACAGCGUUAUAUGUUGGCUGUUCAUAACAUACAUGUGUUGGGCACAGAUUGCAAGGUGUGUGUGUUACAGAAAUGCUGUGUCUAUUUUACUUCGAAGUAAAAAUGUCAGUUUAUGUUU